UAAAGAUACAUUUUAGCUGCCAUGAUUAUAUUACAGCUUUAUUAGCUCAUUUUUUAUCUAUGCAUGUAACAUUUUGACAUGUAGUAUUACAACUGACCACCAAGUUAACAAUUGUUUUAAAAUCUAUUUCCUUAGAGACACAUCAUUUGCAAAAUGCAAAUAUAUUCAUAUAAAUAUUAUUAAUCUCAUACUAUUUUUAAUGCACACACUCAUCACACGCAUUACUUUGAUCACAAAAAUGAUUAAUAAUUAAGAUACGAAAACCGAAUAACUGUUUCUCUUAUAUUCGAGCGCGACAACGCAAAGCAUCUGUCACCGUCACGCUACCAUAAGCUACUGCCAUAAAUAACGCACGCAUGCACAGUCGAAGAGUUCCCUUGAUGAUGGCACAUAUCCUCGCAUGCAGAAUGCGCAUAAUCCAUCGUUAGAUGGUAAGAGAGGGAUGGUACGAGGAGAAAAUAUUAAACGUCAAGAGCAAAAAUUUGCUGUACCACCUGUUUGGUAUAUCACUUAUCAAUAUUUACGAGAUACGUUUCAGAAACUUUUUAAACUUGGGAUAUACAUGUAUCGCAGACAGGGGCGAACAUAAUGUUUUCCAAGAAUAUAAAAGAACAAUAAAAAUUUAAAACACACUAUGCUUGCAAGUGAGCUUAAUUAAAUUAGUGUUAAAAAGAUUAAAUUAAAAAUUCUGUAAAUAAUGUUAUAAUUAAAAUAAUUAUAACAAUAAUAAUAUAACUUUAUAUGUAUUGUUUAAAUUUAUAUUAUUGUUAUUCUGUUUGUUGUAACGACAAAUCAAUUUGCGUCAUAUUAUUAAUAAAUUCACGUCAACACUUACAGUAUUGUAUUUAGUUUAGUAAAAUAUAUACAAAUAGAAGUAAUUAAAAAUUAUUAUUUAUAUUCGCGGCCCUGUUGUAAGUGGUUUCAGUAUUUUUCAUUUCAAACGAUGCUAUAGCAUCUGACAAUUAUAGUUGUCUCGUUGCAAUGUGAAUCGACGUUGUCAUAACUUUAAUGAUUCUUUAUACUCUGUAGAGUGACCAUAGAAUUUCCUAACAUAUCACGGAAGAAAUUAUUGUUCUUGGAGCAUGUUUCUCAUGCGGAAAAACAUUAUGCAACAUUGUCAGUCUCAACAUGAACAUUAUUGAGACAAGCAGAAAUGCAGAUUUCGAAUGGGCAACUCGUUUAAAUCGUCUUCUACUAAACAUUAUUGGAAUUUGGCCGAAUGCUCACAGAAAUGCCUAUGAUAAAUUCUUUUCAAAUGUACGUGCGACAUUCACUGCAAUCGUUCUCCUUUUCGCUGGUACAAUUCCUGGAAUACAUUCACUAGUGAGAACUUGGGGUGAUCUGAUGUCAAUGAUAGACAAUCUACAAUUUACUCUUCCAUUAACAAUGGCCGCAAUAAAACUCAUCGACAUAUGGUGGAAGAAAACAGAUCUUCUAAUGGCCAUAAAUAUGAUUGCUGAAGACUGGAUAAAGGACAAAACCAGUAAAGAACGGUGCAUUAUGAUAAAGCAAGCACAAAACGCCAGAAUUAUCACAAUAGUCUGUUGUUGCUUCAUGUUCUUAGGCAGCAUUUUAGUCGUAAUUUUACCUUGUUUUGGAAUGACUGUAAGAUAUAUUACAAAUGUCACGGAUCCAGUCAAAAUCUUACCUUUACAAACUCAUUAUAUCUAUGAUAAAAAUCAAAGUCCGUACUUCGAAAUUACAUUCGUUGCACAAUCUUUUAUUGUCUUGAUAUGUAUUGCGUCCUACACCGGUGUGGAUAACUUGCUCGGAUUAUUGGUAUUUCAUUUAUGCGGCCAGAUGGAUAUUCUUAAAGAAAAAUUAAUUAAUAUAAAACAAUUUAAGAAUUAUAACGAUGGUGUAGCCCUCAUCGUGAAGGAGCACAUCCGACUAAUCAAAUGUUUUUGUAUUAUCGAAAGUACGUAUACUUUACUGUUACUUGGACAACUAAUCUACUUUGGUAUAUUAUUCUGUUUAUAUGGCUUUUUAAUUCUUAUCAUACUUACAGAAGGAAAACAUAUGUCACUAAUGCGCUUUAUGUAUCUCGUGUCUGUAGCGAUAAAUAUUGGUGGACACAUGUGUCUUUUUUGCGCCGUAGGUGAAAUGUUAAUAUCAAAAUGCGAUGACUUACACCAUGCAGCUUACGAGCACAAAUGGUACAAAUUAAAUCCAAAAAAGGCAAUGAUUUUGGUUCUGAUAAUGAUUCGAGCUAACAAGCCUCUAUAUAUUACGGCUGGAAAAAUGUUUCCUAUGACAAUGUCGACGUUUUGUAACUUGAUAAAAACAUCCGCUGGUUAUGUGUCAAUUCUAUUAGCAAUGCAAAGUUAAAAAAUUACAAAUAUCAAAAAUUACAAACAAACAAUAAAGACUUAGUAAGAUUAAAAAUCUAAUAUAAAUGUGAUUAAAGAAUCACACGUUAAACUAGACGGAAUUACUAAAUAUAAAAGCAAAUUUUAUAACAAAAAACAGACUCGUUACGAAGUCAUUUUCGGUAUAAUAAUUGUUAUGAUAAUGAAUUAAAACGGAAAAGUAAUUUCACAAUUCACCUGUACUCAAUGUCUUUUGAUCUUUAUGUCCUGCAUCUUCUCAACUUCCUUUCCUGUAUCUCCUUAGCCCAGUUAUUUGGUUUUUGACAUUUCUGAUGUCAACACGUCAUUACAGCUAAGAAAAAUUUAUUCCGUCAAAAGUUUGAAAUGAGUCUAUUAAUUUUUAAUGUCUAAUAGUUUUAGAAUUUUUUCUGUAUUUCUCUUUUACGUAUCAUCAUAAAAACAUCUUUGAUUCAUUACCGUUAAACAAUAUUACAAUUUCUUUACAUAAAUUCACUACAUGUAAUUAACACACAAUUUAAUAUCACGCCAAUUUCUGGAAAUCAAACAUGUGAAAAUUCUUGGUGAUGAACUCAUAAAAAACAUUGGCGAAUAGAAGUCGAUUGAAAUUACUCUUCACCAUCUAUUCCUCAAUAACGACUGUUACACUAAUGAUGACUUUGUAUUAAGUCAAAACGUCUGUAUUCUUUUUGUAAUAGAAUUCAUUUUUUAUAAUCAGCAAUUCCAUCUAACUUACUUGUAUAUUAUUCUCUAACUAUUUGUAACAAAACGUCAAUUUUCAUAUUUAUAGAUAUCUAAACGGAAAAGAGAUGUAAGAAGAAUAUAUCUGUAUCUUAAUUAUGUAUUUAACAUAAUAUUAUAAUAGGUGUACAGAAUUAAAA